AUGCCGGUGGUGGAAGAUGGCGCCUCUCGGACUCAAAGUGUCCAGGACCAGGUCCAGGGGGCCAUGGCCGUGAUGCAGGACAACAUGCGGGCCAUGGCCGAGAGGGACUCGCAGCUGAAUCAGCUGGAGGCAAGGACCAAUGACUUGCAAGGGGCUUCGAAAGCCUUCAGCUCUGGAGCGAAGCGCCUUCAGAGGCACUACCAGUGGCAAAGGUACAAGUUCUAUUUUGCGAUCGGCGCCGUCGUGGUGCUGGUGGUGGCGCUGAUCUUGUUGCCCUCCCAGUACAAAGUGCCCUUCUUCGCGGUGUCUGCAGUGCUUCUGGGUGGCUUGGCCCUGAUCAACGUGGCCUUGGGCUCGCUUACGCGAGAGCCGGAGCCCCGAAGCGAGGAGGCGCAGGUCGAGCUUGGAGAGUCGCUGACCCGUGAUGGUAUGGAGUGA